GUGAAAGCCCCUGGGCAACUGCUCCCGGGCUUCACUUACCACAUCCUGCGCAUCCCCCUGGCCUGCAGGGCUCCGUCUCCACCCAGCUGUCCACAUUCACCGGGCAGAAUCUGAGCGAUGCCUUCCAUCCUUGCUGUCCUUCUCAUCCUUGGGCUGGGUCUGAGCCAGAAGACCACCACCCAGAAGCAGAUGCUCUCGAAACCUGCCAUCUGGGUCAGACCCAGUUUCAUGAUCCCAAAGGGAAGACCAGCUGUCAUCGGGUGUCGGGGAGCUGGCGAGGCCGUGGAGUACCAACUGCACUUUGAGGGGGGCCUUUCUGCCUUGGAGAGACCGAAGUCACCCCCAGUGAUGAACUUGGUGAAGUUCCCCAUCCCGGCCAUGACCUCGCACACUGCAGGGCAAUACAGGUGCUCCUACCGAAGUGGGGAGCUCUGGUCAGAGCUCAGCGACCCCCUGGAGCUGGUGGUUACAGGACUGUAUGACACACCCACGCUCUCAGUUGAACCCAGGUCUGAGGUAACCUCAGGAGAGAAUGUGACCUUCCGUUGCCAGCUGGAGACAGCUACAAGCACGUUCUUCCUGCUCAAGGGGGGACGAUCCGGCCGCCCCCAGCUCAGAUACGGGAACCUGCGGGCAGAGUUCCACCUGGGCCCUGUGACCCCAGCACACAGAGGGACAUACAGAUGCUUCGGCUCCUACAACAACCACGCGUGGUCUUUCCCCAGCAAGCCUGUGAAGCUCCUGGUCAAAGAGGUCCAGGUGCUAGGGAAAGCACAAGGACCAUCACCAGGGAGAUGGCGGACAGAGGAGUGGGGAAGGGAGAGGAAACAGCUGGGAAGACCAGACCCCCUGAUUUCCUCAUCUCCACGGCAAGGAGACACCGGGGACACUACCUUCGCGCCCACUGAGCACACCUCUUCUGACUACUGGGACUCCUACGAGUUAACCACAGAGACCCAGUUGCAGAAAGACCAUUUCCUCUGGAAUCACACGGUCCAGAAUCUCAUCCGGCUUGGCCUGGCUGUCCUGGUCCUGAUGGCCCUCAUGGGGCUCCUGCUUGAAGACUGGCUUCACAGGAGGAAGUCUAGAGAGAGAACCCAUGGGGCUUCACAUCGGGGGUGCAGGAGACGGCUCUGAGCACAGAGAGCUCUGAAUUCAUGACCAAGAGGCCCAGAAGCCACAGGUGGACCUGAAAGUGGCCCCGACCUUGGGCUGUGGGAGCUCCGUGUGGAACCCAUGGAGGAAGGGAGUCACUGCAGAGAACUAAGGGAGGACUGCGUGCAGCUGGGCGGAGGGAGAUGCAAGCGGCGCGUUUCUCCUGAAGACCAAUCCCAUUGUCUCCUCCAGGUUCGAAGGACUCUUGUGCUUCCUUCCUGCAAGCCAAAUUUUCAACCACCCCCAUCUUUCCUGAAAACACCUUUAACAUCACGGCCAUGGGAAUAUUUCCUUCUUCCUUUUGUCUUUAUCCUUACUUCUUUUUAUAAAUGUAUUUAAUUUUAACUGGAAGAUAAUUGCUUUACAAUGUUGUGAUAGUUUCUGCCAUACAUCAACAUGAAUCAGCCAUAGGUAUCCAUAUGUCCCCUCCUUUUUGAACCUCGAUCCCACCGCCCACUCCUCUAGGUAGUCACAGAGCCCCGUGUUGAGCUCCUUGCAUCAAACAGCAAAUUACAACUGGGGAUCUCUUAUACACAUGGUAGUCAUGUUUCGAUGCUGCUCUCUUAACUUGUCCCACCAUCUCUUCCCCUGCUGUGUUCACACGUCCAUUGUCUGUGUCUGCGUCUCUAUUCCUGCCCUGCAAAUAGGUUCAUCUGUACCAUUUUUUCUAGAUU